AUGCCGAAACGCUCAUUACGAUUCUAUUUGGAUACUCCAAAAAGCUGCUUACAGAAACUAAAUCGUAAAAGAAAAUCCACAACUGAUGAUUAUCUACAAGUUAAGAAUAAUGAAACUGCCGAAGACCGUGAAGUUGAUGAAGAUGUUACCGGGGGAGAUGAAAUCCCUUCCAAUGAACUUACUGAUGCUGAAUUUGAAGCCUCCUUGCGAAAGACCAAACAAAUGCGUUGCAUAAAAUACAAUCAAAAUAAUGAAAUCGAAAGGCUGCUCCUACACAACGGAUCCGGUCUAUUCUAUCACGUGGAUCAUAAAGAUUUUCCAGCAUUUAAUGUUGGUCUGUGGCCACAGGAGGCUGACAAUUCACUGAAUAAUUAUCCAUCAUGUGCCUUCUCAAUACCACGUCCGAUAUUCAUUGCCGAUACAAUACAGGAAAAUAUAGAUUUGUGUUGUCGUCGGCCCAUGAUUAGGGAGUUUCACAGAAGUCGUUUGUAUAAAACAAGAUCUGCCUACAAUAAUGCAAUUAAGAAUAAAGUUGCUAGAAGUGAUGAAAAAGUGGGUAUAUAUCAUACAUCGGUGUUCGAUUUGGCGGAAAGACUGCUGCUCGAACCAGAUCCAUAUUUUCAAGCAAGUUAUGAUUAUUAUUACACUGGUGGUAAUUUGUGUGUUAAUUCCGAAACGGGCAAUAUUAUUCAUGCAACAGGAUCAAAUCUGCAGACAAUUGAAGCAAUGAAAUACUGUAAAUCUGAAGAUGUGGUGGAUGAUGAAGCGAACUAUUUACAAUCUUUGGAUAAAUUGACAACAACAGAAAAUUGCGAAAUAUUCGAGAUACAACCAAUGACAACACCAAAUACACAUCAACAAAAUUGUUUCAUAACACGACAGAAAAAUUCAAUUGCCAUACAUACACUACACGACGAGAGUAAUCGAUUGAAAAUUGUAACACAAUUUCGUACAAAAUCUACACCGUUUAUAAGUUUUACACAAUCCGAUCGUGAUUACAAUAAAUUGCUGUUGACAACAAUGAAACAACAUGUUCGGCUGUAUGAUAUUGGCAACAGCGAACCUGUAUUGAGUGAAUUAUUUAAAAUUGAAUCGAAGGGAUUUAACCCAUCGUGGAACACAAUAAAACCAUGGCGUGAAAAUACAUUUUUAUAUGCCAAUGAAUAUAAAUUUUGUCUUAUUGAUAUACGUACUCAGCCGGAGCAAUGGUUAGCGGCUGCAACACAUAUUAUCGAACAUAAUGCACUCUGUGAUCACAUAUCUGCCAUAAAGCCAAGUGAAUUUAAUAAUCAAUUUUAUGUGGCAACAAAUCAUAAGCUGCAUUGUCUCGAUAUACGAUAUAUGAAACAAUUUUCAUUUAAUGAUCCCGAAGGUGUUAUAUGCCGUUGGUCACAUCAGUUACAUUAUCCACCGCUGAUGAUAGAUACGUAUAGGGUGCGUAAUAACGAAUAUAUUGCAUUGGCUUCACCAAUAGCUGGCGAUAUGCAUAUCUGUCAAUUGUCACGACAAAAGAACGAAGAGAAAAUGGUAGUGACAACAUCAAAUCGUGUCCCAAAACAUAUUUUCAAUUCGCCGUGUUUGCCCUAUCAACCGCCAACAUUAAUUGAGGCAUAUGAACAUGCCAGAUUAGAGGGUUACUGCUUACAGCCGGAGGCUAACUUGAAAAAUCGUUUGUUGGCAUGUACCACCGGUAUGAGUUUUUGUCAUCCGUUGAUGGAAGGAAAUGAGGCCCCUCUGGGAUCGUUAUUAACCUCCACGUCUUUGGGUGAUAUAUUCAUACAAACAUUGACGAAACGAGAAGGUGAAGAACCUGAAUCAAGAGGCAAUGAGGAUAGUAAUGAAGUUAUGGCGGAAUUUGCAAAAAAGUUGGCUAAGCAAAAUCAUAUAUUAAACUACACGGAAAUUAAGAAUAUGAAAACUAUGCGAAAAAUAUUCCUUUGCAAAUAUCUCAAUACUCCCGCAAAACAGGAUAUCGAUGCCAUGGACGAUAGUUUCAGUGAAAACGAACAGCCCGACGAACAAACUCAAACACCUCGCGUCGUGAAAAAGAAACGAAAACGUUUAAAUUUAGGUCGAUGGCAAAAAUCAUUUCGCACAUUACAUUCCUAUAAAGACGCCUUGGUUUCAGACCUCUUAUCUAUAUGGGAUAUUGAUAUGGAAGAUGAAAAGGGUGAUGUUAAUUUGGAAAACUUACAAACUAAUCUUCAUGUAAAACCAGAUCCCGAAAAGAAAGUUCAAAAUUGGUUGGAAACCAAUGUUACGCCAAAUCCUGCACCUAUGGUUGUUAUACCAACAUGCGAUACAUCUAGUAUAUCGCGACAAGAUAUUACAAAUACUAAAGUGGAAACAGAAAUUAGUAUGAUUUUCAAUCAAACACAAGAUACAAUAGAUUUUGAUAAUGUCAUUCAAUCAACACAAAUUGGUGAUGUGGCCAAUAUGACUGAAACAUUUAAUAUGUCUAAUAUUGAAGAGACAACGUUAAAUAUAACCGCAAAUUCAUUGGAUCGUUCCAACCAAAAGCCCAAAAAGAAAGCUAAGAAAUACGUUAAAGGUUUCUAA